AUGCCCGAAUUUACUAAAAAUUUAAUUCGUGAUUUGGCAGGAAUCCUCGAACAUUCUGAUGAAUAUAAUAUUGUAAUCGGUGUUGGCGAUCCAGCAAAUUAUAGAGAGUUUCAAGCACAUUCUCUAAUAUUGCGUGCGCGUUCUCCAUAUUUUCGAGUUGCAUUAUCUCGAGACUGGGCUAAAAAAGAUGGCAAUUCUUUUGUGUUUAAGAAACCGAAUAUAACGCCAAAAGUUUUUGCAUUGAUUCUAAAAUACAUGUAUACAGGUGUUGUAAACUUGGAUGAUCAAGUUGGUUCGGAUGUAUUUGAAUUAUUAGUCGCCGCAGACGAACUAGAAAUAAACGAAUUGAUAAAUUACGCGCAAACGCAUCUGAUAGAGAGUAAAUCUUCUUGGCUCGAAGAAAACAUUGUGACCGUUUUACAUGCAGCAAAUUUGCAUGAGAGUUUUAAGACGUUGAAAAAUUAUUCGUCAAGGAUUCUUGCUGAAAGCCCGCAUUUCAUUUUUCGAUCUGAUGAUUUUUUCUCGUUGGAGGAAUCGGAGCUUAUCUUGCUGCUUAAAAGACAAGAUUUGGGAAUGGAAGAAAUCGAAGUAUGGAAUUCGAUUAUCGACUGGGGUAUAUCUAAUACAGCGCAUCUAAAGGAACAAGACGUGUCUAAGUGGGUGGCAGCAGAUUUCCUAGCUCUUGCAGAUACGCUGCAUCAAUUUUUACCAUUAAUUAGAUAUUAUGACAUUUCUCGAGAAGAUUACUUUGACAAAGUGGCGUUAUACGAACAAAUAUUGCCAAAGAAUAUCGUAGCAGAAAUCUUAGCUUUUCAUAAUAAUAAUCGAUUACCAGAACACGUUUUGCCCUCAAGGUCGGCAAUUCCUUCGGUUAUAAUCAAUUCCGAUCAAGCAGCUCUAAUUUCAUUGUGGAUCGAUAGACAAGAAACGUCAGGAGAGGUAAAACGAAAAAAUCCUUAUGAAUUUAAUUUGAUUUUUCGAGGUAGCCGUGACGGAUUCGAAGCGAGUAAAUUCAGAGAACUUUGUGCGCAUGUAACUAAUACAGUGGUCGUAGCCAUAGCAAAGAUAAAUGGAACAGACAGAGUAAUGGGUGGAUAUAAUCCGAGUCAUUGGGGAGGUCACAUUGCAGACAGUAUGAAUGCAUACCUUUAUCCUAACAAUGAACAACAUAUCUUCAACUCAGACACUAUCAUUUUCUCGUUUGAAAAAUCUCGAGAUAUUACAUCGGCUAAAUUUUCUCGUCGUGUUGAUAGCGAUCAAACAAUCGGAUUUCAUCCUUUUUAUGGACCAUAUUUUUACGGUGACCUAUUUAUCGGGAAUAAGUGUAAUGUUAACGCAACAUGUUGGUAUAGGCAUUGUAAUUUUGAACAUAGUAUUAUUGAAGGGAAUAAUCGAAAGAAACAGAAUUUUAAAGUUGAAAAUUAUGAAGUUUUUCAUGUCGUCCCAAAGCGAAUAUCAAAUUCAAACUAA